CAACAAAGGGAACUCUUACAGGUCGGAUUACCACCCUGAUAGAAAUCCAGUGGAGGCCUGAAAUGACUGAGAUCUAAGCUUGUCCAGUUGAAUCCUUCAGCAGUCGGUCUUAGCUUAGGUCUGCCCAGUCGUCGAUCUAUCAAGGCGGCACAGCUUCUCUUUAAUCUGCUGUGAUUUUAGCGGCACAGGGCCUACAGGGCCGAUCAGGGUCCCGAAAUGUUGACUAAAUUUGAGACUAAGAGCAAUCGAGUCAAGGGGUUGUCUUUUCAUCCCCGUCGGCCAUGGAUCCUGGCGAGUUUGCACAGCGGUGUGAUUCAACUAUGGGACUACCGGAUGGGGACGCUGAUUGACAGAUUCGACGAGCAUGAUGGUCCCGUUCGCGGAGUCCAUUUCCACAAGACUCAACCGCUUUUCGUUUCAGGAGGCGACGACUACAAGAUUAAAGUGUGGAACUACAAGACCCGCCGGUGCCUCUUCACGCUGCUGGGCCACCUGGACUACAUCCGCACCGUCCAAUUCCACCAGGAGUACCCCUGGAUCGUGAGCGCCAGCGACGACCAGACCAUCCGCAUCUGGAACUGGCAGUCGCGCAACUGCAUCUCCGUGCUCACUGGCCACAACCACUACGUCAUGUGCGCCGCUUUCCACCCCAAGGAGGAUCUCGUGGUGUCCGCGUCGCUGGACCAGACCGUCCGCGUGUGGGACAUCGGCGCGCUGCGCAAGAAGACGGUCGCGCCGUCGGAGGACGUGGUGCGGCUGCCGCAGAUGAACUCCGAUCUGUUCGGCGGCGGGGACGCGGUGGUGAAGCACGUGCUGGAGGGGCACGACCGCGGCGUCAACUGGGCGGCCUUCCACCCCUCGCUGCCGCUCAUCGUCUCCGGCGCUGACGACCGCCAAGUGAAGCUCUGGCGCAUGAACGACACGAAGGCGUGGGAGGUGGACACUCUGCGCGGGCACGUGAACAACGUGUCGUGCGUGCUCUUCCACGCGCGCCAGGACAUCAUCGUCUCCAACUCCGAGGACAAGAGCAUCCGCGUGUGGGACAUGUCCAAGCGCACCAGCGCGCAGUCCUUCCGGCGCGAGCACGACCGCUUCUGGAUCCUCGCCGCGCACCCGGAAAUGAACCUCCUGGCGGCGGGCCACGACAGCGGCAUGAUCGUCUUCAAGCUGGAGCGCGAGCGCCCCGCGUACGCCGUCCACGGCAACAUCCUGUACUACGUCAAGGACCGCUACAUCCGCACGUACGAGUUUGGCUCUGGCCGCGACAACCCUCUCAUCUCCAUCCGCCGCCCGGGGACCACGGGCAGCAACCAGGGCCCCCGCGCGCUGUCUUACAACCCGGCUGAGAAUUCCGUGCUGAUCUGCUCGGAUGCUGAUGGCGGCAGCUACGAGCUGUACACCGUUCCCAAGGACGUUGGCCGCGGUGGCGGCGCUGCUGAAGCCCCGGAGGCGAAGCGGGGCGCGGGCACGUCUGCGGUGUUUGUGGCGCGCAACCGCUUCGCCGUGCUGGACAAGAGCCACGACCAGAUCGUGAUCAAGAACCUGCGCAACGAGGUCACCAAGAAGUGCCCGCCGCCCGUCGCCUCCACGGACGCCAUCUUUUACGCUGGCACCGGGUCACUGCUGUGCCGUUCCGACGACAAGGUGGUUCUGUUCGACGUGCAGCAGCGCGCGGCGAUCGCUGAGCUGACGACUCCCUUUGUGAAGUACGUGGUGUGGUCGUCUGACAUGAACCACGUGGCGCUGCUGUCCAAGCACGCCAUCAUCAUCGCCAACAAGAGGCUCGCGCACCGCUGCACGGUCCACGAGACGAUCCGCGUGAAGAGCGGAGGGUGGGACGACUCGGGCGUGUUCAUCUACACGACGCUGAACCACCUCAAGUACUGCCUGCCCAACGGCGACAGCGGCAUCAUCCGUACCCUCGACGUCCCCGUGUACAUCACCAAGGUGGAGGCAGGCGCUGUUUACUGCCUGGACCGCGACGGCAAGAUGCGCGUGGUGCAGAUAGACUCCACCGAGUACAUGUUCAAGCUGGCACUGAUCCAGCGCAAGUACGACCAGGUGCUCGCCAUGAUCCGCAGCUUCCAGCUGUGCGGCCAGAGCAUCAUCGCGUACCUGCAGCAGAAGGGCUUCCCGGACGUGGCCCUGCACUUCGUCAAGGACGAGCGCACGCGCUUCAACCUGGCUAUUGAGUGCGGGAACAUUGAGGUGGCGCUGGCGUCCGCGCACGAGAUCGACCACAAGGACACGUGGUACCGCCUGGGCGUGGAGGCCCUGCGCCAGGGGAACCACCAGAUUGUGGAGUUCUCGUACCAGAAGACCAAGAACUUUGAGCGCCUGUCGUUCCUGUACCUGAUUACUGGGAACCUGGAGAAGCUGGGCAAGAUGCUCAAGAUCGCCGAGAUGCGGAAUGACGUCAUGGGGCGCUUCCACAACGCGCUGUACCUGGGGGAUGUGGAGGAGCGGGUGAAGAUCCUGGAGGAGUCGGGGCACGCCCCGCUGGCGUACGUCACUGCGGCAGUGCACGGGUUAGAGGAGACUGCUGCUCGCUUGGCUGAGGAGCUGGGCGACCGCGUGCCUCCGCUCCCUGCUGACGGCACUACGAAGCUGCUGCUGCCGCCCACGCCCAUCCUGCGCCAGGACAACUGGCCGCUGCUGAAUGUUAGCAAGGGCAUCAUGUGGGACUUUGGGGAUGCUGGCGCCGCUGCUGCUGCUGCUGCGGACGAGGAGGUGGGAGCGGGCUGGGGCGACGUGGAUAUUCCCGAUGUGGGUGGGGAAGGAGAGGAGGGAGAGGGGGAGGAGGGCGAGGGAGAGAAGGAGGAGCGCGAUGGGGAGGGAGAGGACGACGAGGACGGAUGGGGAGGCAUCGAUGUGGACAUUCCGGACGAUGGGGGGGCAGGCGAUGUGGGCUCCGCUGCAGAUGCCAGCUUCUUCGUUGCGCCCAGCCCUGGCAUCCCCGUCACGCAGAAGUGGGCCCAGAAGACGCCGCUCGCUGGAGAGCUUGCAGCAGCAGGCGCAUUUGAUGGCGCCAUGCGCCAGCUCAGCCGCCAGCUGGGCAUCAAGAACUUCGCUCCCCUGCGCCAGGGAAUGCUGGACCUCGCCCUUGCUAGCCAGACCUCCCUCCCAGCCCUCCCCUCCGUCCCUGCCGUUGCCCUGGGGAUGGAAGCCGGGUGGACGGAAAACUCUCCUCCGAAUGUGUGGGCGCACCCGUCCAUGGCGUUCCGCCUGAGUGCUCUGGACGAGAAGCUGAACGCUGCCUACAAGAUGACCACGGAGGGCAAGUUCACGGAUGCGCUGCGCCUGUUCUUGAACAUUCUGCAGACGAUUCCGCUGCUGGUGGUGGAGACGCGCAAGGAGGUGGACGAGGUGAAGGAGCUGCUGGGUAUCUCCAAGGAGUACACGCUCGCACUGCGCAUCGAGCUCAAGAGGAAGGAGACCCGUGACAACCCCAUUCGCCAGGCCGAGCUGGCAGCCUACUUCACACACUGCAAGCUGCAACCCGCCCACCUGAAGCUCAGUCUCCAGGCGGCCAUGGCAGCAGGCUUCAAGCUGAAGCUCUUCGCCACGACUGCCAGCAUCUGCCGCCGGCUGCUGGAGCUGAACCCCACUGCGGGCGUGGCCACCAAGGUGCGCAAGAUCCUGGCGGAGUGCGAGAAGACCCCCCGCGACGAGCAGCAGCUCAACUACGAUCCCCGCAACCCCUUUGUGGUGUGCGGGUCCACGUUCGUGCCCAUCUACCGCGGCAGCAGAGACUCCUUCUGCCCCUACUGCGGGGCGCGCUUCGUGCCGGAGAUGGCUGGGUCGGUGUGCGCGGUGUGUGACCUGGCAGUGGUGGGCGCGGAUGCGUCGGGGCUGGUGUGCUCCAUGAGCCAGAUCCGAUGAGCGGGCCCUUGCUGUGCGGUGCUGUCGGUGUGGGUGGAUUGGAGGAGCAGGGGGCGUGGCUGGUAGUGAUGGUGCGAGUUGUGCCUUGGACCUAGGCUGGCCGACUGGCAGUGCUGUGCUGUUUUUGUCAGGUCUGGUGGUACUGCUGUUGCUUGCACGUUGCUGCUGGUACUGUCUUCUCCCUAAACCGCUGCAUCUGGUCUGGUGGUCCCCCUUUUCCCUCUCCAUCCCAACUCGGCUUCCUAUCCCCCCUUUCCAUGCCCCAGCCUCAUCUUUCUGUGACCUUUCUCUCUCCCCCCACUGAGCCAUGUUGCUGUCCGUGCCUCUUGCAUGGGGUAGCUGUUGCUGCCACUAUAUACGGUCUCAUACCAUGCUGUCUUGUAGGUACGAUUUGACACUGGGCAAGGAUAUCAUCUUUUGUUAACUGUUUUCUAGAGUGUUGUGUGCAAACGAAAGAAAAUGUGCACCAGAUGAGAGCUGAGGGCGUGUCCUCAGAGGAUGCCCGAACUGUGAGUAAGGGGAGUAGCGUUUCAAUAGGAUGGGAUAACUCCGCGAACCGGUUACUACCGAGCAGGGCCCUAGAUUGGUUUUGAGGCUUCCUGAUCCAUCAGGAUUCUCCCUUCAAAAAAUUCUGAAUUUUCAGGGUCCCCC